CUUGAGGCGGCCGCAAGCAACGCCAUGUUGAGCGAAGUCUCCCAUCUCUAUGAAAAAAUAACUUUAAAAUGCAACAUGAAGAUAACAAACGCUGACUGAGCGAAGAGGGCACACCGGGGAAUAUACUCUGAAGAACGGAACCGAACCGAAUCCGCGGACAUCCCGGACGAGGUGGGGGAGGCAAGCCUCUCACCGUCCCCAUGAAUAGCUCUACAAUUGUUGUAAAAAGCGACUAUACAUUUAAAAAGCCUGUUAUAGAAAUGGAUUGUGAGACCGAAUCUUAAGCAAAAGGAUUUGCUGCAACGCUGAAGAGGAACAUCUCGCCUACUUAUGUAUAAUAACUAGAUAGUGUGUAAACAUAAUUUAGAAACGUAUUGUUUGCUUUUGUUCAAAAUCUGCAAUGAGUUUGCCACCGAAAGUGGUGCCGAAACCGGCUGCUGUCGCAGUUAGUGGACCUGUAACCGGGCCAUCUCCAUCAAGCCAACUGCGGGCGUCUCUGACCUCCGUGUCGCUACCACCGGGAGCCCCGACUGCUCCUCAACCGCCUGCUGUGCCGCCACCCCAAGUUGUCCUUAACACGGCGCGCGCCAGGAUCCAACGGGUGCAGCCGGGCCUUGACGAGCGCCUCUUCUCAGCACAGCCCGGGGUGGCCGCAGUUUAUAGCGUCCCCAGGCACCCCGGUCCUCCGUUCCCCACUCACGACCUCUCCAAGGGCCACCCCUCGCUGCAGGGUCCCCCGGGCCCCGGCGGCCCGGCCUCCGCGCCCGGCCUCUCUCAGGUAUCAGUCCCCGCAGCGCCCCCGUAUCGCUACCUAAAGGGCUGGGAGGCAGGCGGAGGGUCUCCGUACACAUCUGGGCAGAAUGCUGGCUCCGCCCCGCUGGUGUACUCUCCGCAGACGCAGCCAAUGAACGUCCAGCCUCAGAGUCGCCCGUUUGUGACGGGACCACGGCCACCACCACCCCACCAGGGAGGAUUCAGGCCCAUCCAGUUCUUGCACAGGGCUCAGAUGCAGACGACGCGGCCCUCGCUGCCCAACAGCAACGCGUCGCUGCGGCCGGGCUCCCAGGCGGCGCCCGCGCAGGCCGUCUACCCGCCCAACCACCAGCCCAUCAUGAUGACCAUGACCAUGCCCUUCGCCGCGCCGCAGGCCGCCCAGUACUACAUCCCACAGGUGGGUCCGGCGCGGGCGCAGCUCACACAACAGCAACAACAACAACAACAACAACAGCAAACACGCACGGCCGGGAUACACUGGUACCGACACAGCACCCCGUACGUGGCCCCUCCUCAGCAGUACUCUGUGCAGCCCCCAGGUUCCGGAACCUUCUACCCGGGGCCCGGCCCAGGGGAGUACGCAGCGUCUUUUGCUGCGCCUCCAUAUUACACAGGUCAGCCGGUAUAUCCUCCAUCUCCACCAAUCAUAGUGCCUACACCACAGCCGCAGCCGCAACCUCUACCCGCCAAACGCGAGAAGAAGCCUAUCCGGAUCCGUGACCCGAACCAAGGUGGCAGGGACAUCACCGAGGAGAUCAUGUCGGGUAGAACGUCCACCACACCUACACCACCCGGUGGACGAUCCUCUACCACCCCUACACCGCCGGGUGGACGAUCUUCUACCACCCCUACACCACCGGGCGGACGAUCUUCUACCACCCCCACACCACCGGGUGGACGACCCUCUGCCACCCCUACACCCCCUCAGCAGCCAGUGAGCAGUCAGACUCCAGAUCUCAGUGCCAGUUCCAUGGCGGUCAGCGGCCUUGACUCUUCACUCAGACAGCCCAGUCCAGCCAGCACAGACGGACAGUCCAUACCAGAAGACAAACCCAAACCAGACCCCACGCCUCCACCUCCCACGACUCAAUCUCCAAUCCCAGCUCUUCCAGAAGCUUCCGUGGAUCCCAUUCAGAGAGAGGCGGCCAGCAGCAGCACCAACAACAACAAUAACAGCAACAGCAGCAGCAGCAGCAGCAGCGAGUCUGCAAACAAGCCUCCACCCUCCUCCACCUCCUCUGCCCCCUCCCCUCCUCUCCCCACGGCCCCCACUGUUGCUCCCUCUGCCCCCCCUACUGCUCCCAUGGAGCCAGAGGGGCCCAAAGCCGCCCCUGUUGCCCCAGCGGCCCCUCUCCCUGCCCCUGCUCCAGCCCCGGGCCCCGAGGUGCCUGAGGAGCCUCGUCAGGAGCCGGCGGUGGCCCCGACGCCCGCGGCCCCCGCCUCUUCCCUGUCGACCCCCUCGCCUCCCCCGCAGGCGGUCAACGGCCUGGCCGACUCUCCGGCGGCCUCUCCCUGCGCGGAGGUGGAACUGCGCGUGGUGGAGGAGGCGGAGGACGAGGUGGCGACGGCAGAGGCCGAGGCGGUGUCCGUGCAGCCGGUCGCCCCGACGACGCCACCCCACCGGGACGAUCCUCAGGAGCCGGCUCCGACCCCGGCCGCCUCCGAGUCCCCGCGUCCGGCCGAACCCCUCGUCGCCGCGACCGCCGUGACCGCCGUGACGCCACCUUCCUCCUCCUCCUCGUCUUCCUCCUCCUUGUCCUCCUCUUUAUCGCCCGCUUGUGCGGCGCCCGCGCCCCCCGUCCUGGCUCCUCCGCCCGGCCUGCCCCCGCUGGUGCCCCCGCCGGCCCUCGAGGAGACCCAGAGCAGCGAGGCGGCGGCCGCGGCGGUUUUGCCGGACGUCACCGACGCGCCGACCGCCCACAAGCCGGACGCCUCGGCCACGCUCGCAGCCGCCGCCGCCACCGAGGACGCCCACAAGCAGAGCAACUCACGGAAGACCUCAGCCACAGCCCCUGCCCAAUCUACAGCCCCUGCACCAAAGAGCUGGAAGAAGCCAAAUGAAGGGAGUCACAUGGGAGAGGCUCCAUCCGAGGAGAAAGAGGAGGGCCCCGUCAGAGAGCUCGCUCCCCCAGCGAGGGCCCCCCAGCUGGGCCCGGAGAGCCGCGCCAGCCCCCCUCUGGCCUCCGCGGACCCUCAGGACCUCCGGGAGUCCCGGCCCCCGCAGCCGACGCCGACACCGACGCCGGCGCCCGAGGAGAACGGCCAGCCCGAGCCCGAGCCCAUGAGGAACGGGGCGGCGCACGUCUCCGAGACGGAGAGCAGCGACGGCGGCGGCAGCAGCGUCGCCCCCGGCGACCAGAACGCCGGCUCCCCCGCCGCACCUGCCUACCUCUUCCAAGAAGAGCUGGUGCAGGCUAACGGUAAGAGGCAGUACAACCGGGACUUCCUGCUGGGUUUCCAGUUCAUGCCGGCCUGCGUGCUGAAGCCUGAGGGCCUCCCACAGAUCAGCGACGUGGUGCUGGACAAGAUAAACCAGAACAAGCUGCCCAGCCGAGCGCCGGACCCCAGGGUCAUCUCCAGGGGCCCCGACUUCACCCCGGCCUUCGCCGACUUCGGAGGACGACCCAUCACGGGUGGUAGGGGUGCUCCGCUGCUGGGCGUGUGCCCACGCCGGCCACCGCCCCGCAAGAUCAUCACCCACAUCUCCGUCAACGACAACAUCCAGCUGCAGAAGGCGGAGAACGCCUGGAAGCCCGGCAUGAAGAGGGAGACGCCAGCCGCCGCCAGCAACAACCCAGACGUCCUCAGCACACAGGAACUCUUCCGCAAGGUGCGCAGCAUCCUGAACAAGUUGACGCCGCAGAUGUUCAACCAGCUGAUGAAGCAAGUGAGCGAGCUGACCAUCGACACGGAGGAGCGGCUCAAAGGCGUCAUCGACCUCGUCUUCGAGAAGGCCAUCGACGAGCCCAGCUUCUCCGUGGCCUACGCCAACAUGUGCCGCUGCCUAGCAACGCUGAAGGUGCCCAUGACGGACAAGCCCAACACCACCGUGAACUUCCGCAAACUGCUGCUGAACCGCUGCCAGAAAGAGUUUGAGCGGGACAAGGUGGACGACGUGGUCUUCGAGCGCAAGCAGAAGGAGCUGGACGCGGCCACAUCGUCCACUGAGCGGGAGCGUCUGCAGGAGGAGCUGGAGGAGGCCAAGGACAAGGCGCGGCGGCGCUCCAUCGGCAACAUCCGCUUCAUCGGCGAGCUGUUCAAGCUCAAGAUGCUGACGGAGGCCAUCAUGCACGACUGCGUGGUCAAGCUGCUCAAGAAUCACGACGAGGAGAGCCUGGAGUGCCUGUGCCGCCUGCUCACCACCAUCGGCAAGGACCUGGACUUCGAGAAGGCCAAGGUAGGGAUGCCUCGCAUGGACCAGUACUUCAACCAGAUGGAGAAGAUCGUGAAGGAGAGGAAGACCUCGUCACGGAUACGCUUCAUGCUGCAGGACAUCAUCGACCUCCGGCUGCACAACUGGGUGUCGCGGCGGGCCGACCAGGGCCCCAAGACCAUCGAGCAGAUCCACAAGGAGGCCAAGAUCGAGGAGCAGGAGGAGCAGCGCAAGGUGCACCAGCAGCUCCUCAACAAGGACAGCAAGAGGAGGCCAGACCAGAGAGAGGUGCGUCCCCAGAGAGAGGAGCGCCCCCAGAGGGAGGAGAGCUGGAGCACUGUGCCCAUGAGCAAAAACAGCAGGACCAUCGACCCCGCCAAGAUCCCCAAGAUAUCUAAGCCUCAGAUUGAUGAUAAGAUCCAGCUGGGCCCUCGGGCUCAACUCAAUUGGAUGAAGGGAAGCAGCGGGGGAGCCAAGGCUAGCGACUCUGAGCUCUCGCGGUCCACGGGCAGCAGUCUGAACCGCUACUCUGCCCUGCAGCAGUCCUCCACAGCCCCGCCCAGCCCUCAGGCCAAUCAGAGCGCAGACUACGACUCCAGGAGACCUCUGGGAAGCCGCGGCAGCAUAGGUCGCGAGCGCGGCGGCGAGAAGCCUCAGGCCCCCGGCGGCGGUGCGGGCGUGCGCCUGGGGCCCCUGAGCCGGGCGGGCAGCAGCAAGGAGCUGCAGGAGGGGCCCGCCGGCGAGGAGCCGCGCCGAGAGGGGCCCGACGCGCCCAGAGCCCAGAGCCCCGCCCAGAACCAGAACCAGUCCCGCAGAGCCAGCGCCGACGACAAGAGCGACGCGGAGCGCAGCAGAACCACCAGAGGACCAGUGAAGGCUGACACUCCUCCAGCUGUGGUUGCAGCCAAGCCAGCGCUGCCUGAGGACGAAAUGGAGAGGAAGUCACGCACCAUCAUCGAUGAGUUCUUGCACAUCAAUGACUUCAAGGAGGCGGUGCAGUGUGUGGAGGAGAUGGAGCAGGCGGCCCAGCUGAGCGUGUUUGUGCGGGUGGGCGUGGAGGCCACUCUGGAGCGGAGUCAGGUGGCGCGCGACCACAUGGGCCAGUUCCUCCACCUGCUGCUGCACAAGGACGUCCUGCCCAGGGAGCAGCUCUACCGCGGGUUUGGGGAGACGCUGGAGAUGGCGGAUGACAUGGCCAUAGACAUCCCCCACAUCUGGUCGUACCUGGCUCAGUUGCUGGGCCCUUUGCUCAAGGAAGGGGGCAUCUCUAUGAGAGAGCUCUUUAGUGAAUUAAGCAAACCAUUGCUUCCUGUGGGAAGAGCAGGGAUCUUAUUUGCUGAAAUACUGCACCUUCUAUGCAAACAAAUGAGCCAUAGGAAAGUAGGGUCGCUGUGGACCGACUCAGGCCUGAACUGGAGUGACUUCCUGGCCGAAGGAGAGGAUGUGCAGGCCUUCAUCUCAGAGCAGAAGCUGCAGUUUACGCAACAGGACAGCCAGAGCCCCCCGCCGCUCCUGUCCAGGACGCCCCUCUCCCCCGAGGAGCUGAGCCGCCACCUAGAGCGCCUCCUCCUGGAGGACAUGGCCAGUGACGAGCAGAUCUUCGACUGGGUGGAGGCCAACCUGGAUGAGUCUCAGAUGAGCUCCUCCCCUUUUCUGAGAUCUUUAAUGACAGCAGUGUGCAAGGCGGCAGUGAAAGAUGAGACUUCUGCCUGUAGAGUGGACACUGCUAUCAUCCAGAAGAGAUUGCCUGUCUUACUGAAGUACCUUAACUCAGACACUGAGCGCCAGUUGCAAGCACUUUAUGCACUUCAAGCAUUGAUAGUAACUCUUGAUCAACCUCCAAACCUGCUCCGCAUGUUCUUCGACUGUCUGUACGACGAGGACGUGAUCUCGGAGGACGCCUUCUACCUCUGGGAGUCCAGCAAGGACCCGGCGGAGCAGCUGGGCAAAGGCGUGGCCCUCAAGUCCGUCACCGCCUUCUUCACCUGGCUGCGCGAGGCCGAGGAGGAGUCGGAGGACAACUGAGGAGAGCCGACCGGGGGAAACCCAUCACACCCCUCCGGAAAAGCGUUUUUCGCUCACGUACCACCACGUUCUAUCACGUUCUAGCCAGUGUGUCCACUUCCCCCGAGGACUGACAAAGCCAGAUGGGAGAAUAGGACCGAGGGAACACUGUCCCGAGGGGCAGAGGGAACACGUUCGCAGUGCGGUUCUACUAAGUUCUGUUUGCGUUCCUUCAACCCCCCCUGAGGAAGAUCUCCAGAAAUGGGAGCACUACAUACGUGUACUAUACAUAGAAAAUAUUUUUGCUUUAAAUUUUAACUUUUUUUCUUUUUCUUUUUUUUUUCUUUUUUUUUUGUUACUUUUUGAAGAGACUUGAAAACAGGUUAUAACCUGAUUAAUUUAUUAUUUUUUUAAGAGACUGCAAAGACGGACCUUUUAUUUAACAUUUGCAGAAAAAAAGCUCAUAUUGAGGAGAACAUCACUGACAAUAGAAAAUAACAAAGUAAUUAUCAUUACAGUAAUAAUAAUUGUGAAUUGAAUAACCUCUGUGGAUUCCCGAGUUUGGUUGAAGACAGUUUCAGAAGAAGUUAUUUUUGGAUGAAAGGUGUGACGGAGACCGAGAUGGUUGACGUUUACAAUGUACAAGGUCAAAGGUUAUUAUAGAAUAACCCCUCCAAAGUCUGGUGUUGCAGGGUUUGCUUGCUCUGUGGAAAACAGUUUGAGCUUCCAAAAGGACAUGAGAUAUAUGCACACAUACACAAGAACUUUCUCUGACUGCUGAGAAAAGCAGGGACUUGAUAGAGAAGGUGUGUGUGUGUGCUUGUGUGAAUCCAAACCAUACCAGGGUUUUUUCAACCUUGUUUUUCUCCAGACGUGAAGAGCAAAUUUAAAGUACAUGUGAAUACAUUAAAGACUGUCUAAGAACAUGCUGUGUGACCUUUUAAAAUGCAUAACACUAACACCCCUCCAGAAGCUCUCAGCAGAUCCGGCAUCACUCCCUGCCCACUCAUAAAAGGGAUAGUCCACGAUUCUGAUGUAAUGAAAUCACGAUUCUGAUGUAAUGAAAUCACCUUCUGGUCAACUUCAGAGAAGUGUUUGUGAUGAUCCUUCCUAAAGCACUGUGCGCAAUACAGCAAUACAGUUGUGCACAGCCAAGGCUCUGUAAAUGUAGAAGAAAGUGGUUUGGACAGAGCCACUUCCAGCCAAUCACAGUGGGCUCUUCUCAUUCGUCUUUUUAUCUAUCCUCCCUUCCUUCCCUCCUUCCUCGGUACUCCGGCUCAUUCCCACUGAUCAGUGAAAACGAGCCGCAGGAUCGAGGAGAGAGGCUGAGAAGGGGCCACUGUUGCCUCAGGAGCACAGAAGAGAGAAAUGACAUUGGAGUAGCAGUAGAGCUCCAAUAUUAAAACAGUUCACCUGAA